UAGGAGUCGCUCCUCUCUCCUGCUGUUCUGCUCAGUGGUGAGUCUGCAGGGUGAAAGCUCUCCGCCGAGGAAUUCAACAGAAGCUGCAGACGAAAAAGGAGCUGACUUCUUUCUCCAGCCCAAGGUGGAGCAAACCCUGUAGUCUGAGGCCUCACCUGCUGUCCCUCAUCCUCCUCCCCCCAUCUCCUGUCUGAGCUCUGCACCUGUUCUGACUCGUCAGCCAGGUGAAGGGGAUCCUCUGGCCUUAACAUUGUUGGUUCAGCUGACCGUAGCUGCGGGGCAAUUAGGAACCCAGUCUAUUCAUUUGACUGGAUUGUUGCUUUGCUCUGUAUCUCUCUCUCUCUGUCUCCCUCUAUAACCCACCUCCCUUCCCUCCCUGCCUAUCCCUACCCCCCUCCCACUCCAUCUCCUUCUAGCCCAGUCUGUGCCUGGUUGACACUGUCGCUGUGGGUACGAGUGCAGCUGCAGAAGUUUCCCUGUUGGAGUAUUAGUGUGGAUCACAUUGCAAGGACACAGUGGGGGAAGAGGUGAAGAAGAAUUCUUCUGGUUGAACAGAGUUGGAUUGAGCAUUGUGGACGGCUGAGACAGAAAACUCCAAACCAAAGGAUUCUGCAGUUGGAAGAGCAGCAGGUAUGAAAAGCCAGACUGUGGUUGUGUCUGUGGCUCUGCUGGCCCUGUGCUGCCUGCUGAUCCCCAGAGAAGGGGAGAGCGCUGGGGGGAUAGUUGCUCUCCGGCAGACUGAAGAGGAGAAGCAGGCAGGGGAUCAGCUGCGAGAUGAGUCCCUGGAUGACCCAGAAAGUGAGCAAGGACUCACAGUGGACCCACACCCACUGGGGAGCAGCAGCAAGGACAAGAGAGACACAGAGGAGGCUGCAAGGGCAGAUGUUUUGAGCAGGUUGAGGAGAGCACCAGAAGAAGGCAAAAAGAAGAAGAAGAAGGACAAGAAGAAGAACAAAGAGCCAAAGGACCCCAACGCCACUAAAAAGCCCAAAACUGACAAGAAGGGAAAGAAGAAGGACAAGACAACAACCACGACUCUACCACCAACCACAACACCAAUCCCAACUGAACCACCCACUGAACCUGAGCCCUACACUGACUACCCCUAUCCUGAUGUUGACGAUUACUGGAAACCCGAGGAUGACUACUGGGAUGCCGAGCCUACGCCAUCCAGGCCGCAGCCCGAGGCUCCAAUCACAGAUCCUCCUUACGACUACUGGAAGCCGGAGGAGGAAGACACAGCUGUUCCAGUAACAGACGUCUACGAUGACUAUUGGAAACCAGCAGAGAAACAGCCGUCCACUCUGGCGCCUGACGCCUACGAGGACUACUGGACACCAGACGACAAAGACCAAUACGCUCCUGUGACUGAUAACUAUGACAGCUACUGGAAAGAGGUGGACCCGACGCCCCCUGCCCCUGAGGUUGAUGGGAAGGUCGGGACAGAUGAUGCAGAUUACUGGGACGCCACAUUCGAGGUGCCGGAGAAUCUUCCAUUCCCUGAUGGUAAAGAGGUCAGCCCUGAAAUCACAGUAGAAACUAUAACAGAGGAGCCCACAGCCGCUCCCUAUGAUGGGACAUGGUAUGACGAUUACGACGAAUAUGGCAGGAGAAAGGAGACAGACGACAAAUGGAUGGAGAAGGAGCGAGAGAGAGCAGAAAAAGAAAGAGCGAGGGAAGAGAAAGAGAGAGCGCAGAGGCUGAAGGAGGCAGAGGAGCGGGCCAGGAACAGACCACGUGUCUUCAAGGAGCCAAAGAAGUGUCCUCCCCUCGGGAUGGAGUCCCAUAAGAUCGAGCCAGACCAACUUUCAGCCUCCUCUAUGUCUCAGUAUAUCUUUGCACCUCAGAGGGCACGCCUCAACAUGCAGGGCUCAGAUGAUGAAGACAACAUGAGAGGGGGGGCGUGGUGUGCAAACUCAGAGGACAGGAUCCACUGGUUUGAGAUUGAUGCUCGCAAGGAGACAGAGUUCACAGGAGUCAUAACACAAGGACGAGACUCCCAGACUGAGAAUGACUUCGUGAUGUCCUACUUCCUGGCUUUCAGCAAUGACAGCCGAGAAUGGACCACCAUCCAUGAUGGAUACACUGACUGGCUGUUCUUUGGAAACAGUGAUAAAGACACUCCAGUGAUGAACCAGCUGGCAGAGCCUGUACUGGCCCGUUACAUGCGAAUCAUCCCUCAGAGCUGGAACGGCUCUUUGUGUAUGAGGCUGGAGGUCCUCGGCUGUCCCCUGCCCGAUCCAGUGGACGUCCAGUACAGGCAAAAUGAAGUGACUCCAGUAGAUUACUUGGAGUUCAAACAUCACAGCUACUCAGAGAUGGUUGCACUUAUGAAGUCAGUGAAUGCGGAGUGUCCCAACAUUACAAACAUCUACAGCCUGGGUCGCAGCUCCAAGGGACUGGAGAUCAUGGCCAUGGUCAUCUCAGGCAACCCCACAGAGCAUGAAAUAGGUGAGCCAGAGUUUCGCUUCACGGCAGGUCUUCACGGAAAUGAAGCAGUCGGUCGGGAGAUGAUCCUGCUACUUAUGCAGUAUCUGUGCAAAGAGUAUAAAGACAGAAACCCCAGAGCCCAGCUGCUGGUAGAGGGAAUACGCAUCCACCUGGUGCCAUCGCUCAACCCUGACGGACAUGUGGAAGCUUUUGAAGCAGGAUCAGAGCUGAGCGGGUGGACCACAGGACACUUCACUGACGACGGCUUCGACAUCUUCCAGAACUUCCCUGACCUGAACAGUAUCCUGUGGGAUGCUGAAGAUAAGGGCAUGGUGCCCAAACUCACCCCAAAUCACCACGUGCCCAUACCAGAGACCUUUGAAACCAACAGCUCGAUUGCUGUGGAAACCAGGGCCAUAAUCUCCUGGAUGAAAAGCUAUCCAUUUGUGUUAGGUGCAAACUUCCAGGGCGGGGAGAGAAUUGUAGCCUACCCUUAUGACAGCUUACAUCCUAACAAGCCUGCUGCUGACAGCCAGAAACCCCACAGCCGCAAGAAGAGACAGUAUGAAGAGGAAGGUUUUGAUGUGACAGAGUGGGGAAGGGGCUACCAUGAGGAGCCAGAGGAAGACUGGAGAGGACAGGGUUACACAGAGCCAGAGGAGGAGUGGAGGGGCCACGGCUACAACCAAGGUUACAACCAAGGUUACGACCACAAUCAAGGUUAUAACCAAGGUUACGACCACGGCUACGACCACAACCAAGGUUAUAACCAAGGUUACGACCAUGGCUAUGACCACAAUCAAGGUUACAACCAAGGUUACGGGCACAGAGAAGAGGAGGAGGAUGAUAGAGGAAGAAGCGCCGGCUACCAGUACGCUGAGUCUGAGGAUGAGCCUCGGGUGAUCGCAGAUGAGUCCCUCUUCAGAUGGCUGGCUGUCUCCUACGCCUCCACACACUUGACCAUGACACACAGCUACCACGGCUCCUGCCAUGGAGACACCUCUGCCGGGUUACAUGGCAUCGUCAACCGGGCCAAAUGGAAGCCAAUCACAGGAAGUAUGAAUGAUUUUAGCUACCUGAACACAAACUGUUUUGAAUUGUCCAUAUUCUUGGGAUGUGAUAAGUUCCCGCAUCAGAGUGAGUUGGCGCAUGAGUGGGAGAAGAACAGAGAAGCUAUGCUGAUCUUCAUGGAGCAGGUGCAUCGUGGCAUCAGAGGCAUUGUGAAGGAUCAGCAGGGGAACCCCAUUGCAAAUGCCACUGUGUCUGUAGAGGGGAUAAACCAUGAUGUCACUACAGCACCAACAGGGGACUACUGGAGGUUGCUUAACCCAGGGGAGUACCGCGUGACAGCUCGAGCUGAGGGCUUCUCCCCUGUGACCAAACUGUGUGUGGUGGGUUACCAGUCAGGAGCCACUGCCUGCAGCUUCAACCUGGCCAAGUCCAACUGGGACCGCAUUAAACAGAUCAUGGCCCUCCAUGGCAACAAACCAAUUCGACUCAGCUACAGCAACAACAGAGCACAGUACCCUGCAGCUCCUAAUACCAACAGGCGUGUGAUCAGCAGCAACAAUGGGUAUUCAUCGAAUUCACGAAUCAGCGCUGAACGGCAGAGGAGGCUCAGGAUAGCUCGUCUGCGUCGCCUUCGGCAACAGAGAUUACUUAGGAUGAGAUCGACGACGACGUUACCCCCAACAACAACCACAAUUCCCACAACACCAGAGACCACCACAUCCUGGUAUGACUCGUGGAUCAUAGGGGAGGGACAGUCCUCAACACCUGGUGGUUUCACAGACUCCAUCUUGGAUUAUAACUAUGAGUACAAAAUUGAUGACUAUUAAACACACAUGGCCCUGAUUCAGUAAACGUGCAACUCUCCUACAAGUAGUUCUCAUUGCCAUGUUGUACUCUGAGCAGGCUGAUAAAGAAUCACAUGGAGAAUCCUGUCUUUGUACAACAUAAAAUGGGAAUGUACAGAAUAUUAACUAUAAUAAUUGUAUAAAGAUAGUGUGUCUGUUACCUAACAAAAUGCCUCUUCACAGAAAUGGACCCUGUAUCUCAGUCUGACAGUUUACACUGCAGUUUUCUCACUUGUUCUUCAGUCUUUUUGCUUCAUGGAAAGAUGUUUAUUGUGGGUGCACAUUUAAAAAAGUCAUGACCUUGUUUUUCACUUCACCAGAGUUGAGUUAUUUACACUGUCUUCAUCCAUGGCAGCAAUAUUUUUACAGUAUGAACAGUCGCUUAAGGUUUAAAAAGCAUUUGUUCAAAGAUGGUAACAGAGACAGACGAGGGAAAGAGGCUUCUGUCAUGUUGCCUCAGACAGCUGGAGUAGUUAUUUUUCAAAUAAAGGCUUGUUAAAACACAA